CGCACAUGCGAUCCGACACGCCAUCGAGUCACAACUAUUAUUUCCUUCAUCUUUACUCACGCAGGGAUCCUAAACCCAUUUUCAGCGAUUGGGAAGAUACCAUCGGCCUCGCGAAGCACGCCUUUCUCUGAAUUGACACCGUCAAAAUGUCGGACCCGAAUUCGUUGACGAAUUGUCGGUUCUACGAGGAGAAAUACCCGGAGAUCGACAGUUUUGUGAUGGUGAAUGUCAAACAGAUUGCAGAAAUGGGUGCCUACGUCAAGCUCCUAGAGUACGACAACAUCGAUGGCAUGAUCCUUCUCUCCGAACUCUCGCGGAGACGUAUCAGAUCCAUACAAAAACUCAUCCGCAUCGGUCGCAAUGAAGUUGUGGUGGUCCUUAGAGUAGACAAAGAGAAGGGUUAUAUCGACCUGUCCAAACGAAGAGUCUCUGCCGAAGAUAUUGUGCGAUGUGAGGAACGGUACAACAAGAGCAAGUCGGUCCAUUCCAUCAUGCGGCACGUUGCCGAAAAGACGAAGACACCCAUCCUGAAACUAUACGAGGAUAUUGGCUGGCCGCUCAACCGAAAAUAUGGUCACGCCAACGAUGCUUUCAAGCUCUCCAUCACCAACCCUGAUGUGUGGAAUGACGUGACGUUCCCCAACGAGGUCGUCAAGGAGGAGUUGCUCACGUACAUCAGCAAGAAACUGACGCCGCAUCCGACAAAAGUACGAGCUGACGUGGAGGUGACCUGUUUCAAGUACGACGGCAUCGAUGCUGUCAAGGCAGCACUGAGGCAAGCUGAGUCAAGAAACUCUGCGGAAACACAAGUCAAGGUGAAGCUGGUGUCUCCUCCACACUACGUCCUCACCAGCCAAUGUUUGGACAAAGGAAUGGGCAUUCAACUACUGGAACAAGCAAUUAAGGAUAUCGAUGACAACAUCAAGGAAGCAGGGGGUGCUUGUGUGGUCAAGAUGGCCCCUAAAGCCGUGACAGAGCAUGAUGAUGCCGAGUUGCAGGCACUGAUGGAUAAGAGAGCGCGGGAGAACGAGGAGGUUAGCGGUGAUGAAGAUGUGAGCGAGAGUGAUGAAGGGCCUGAGGUCGCAUAAACACCACAGUUUGUUUACAGAGUUGAAAAGGGCGUGCCUUGAUUUCCGGGGACCCACUGGAUCCUGAAUGGCUUCAGUACGCCGCUGCUGCGCAGACGAAUACCGGGCGGAACGAAGAGCACCAAACCACCCACCCUUGCUACAAUCGCUCGUGGCUCCGCUAUCAGCGCUGCAAUCGGAGUUGAUCCAGUUUUGGAGGCCUACGAGUCCGUCGCGGUAUUGUCCUGCGACGGCAUUAUGAUCCAAAGCCAGACACUGCCGAGAUACCUCUGUCUCUGGGGAGGGACGUGGCGCCCGCGAAGCUGAUAUUGCAGCGCACCAUGGCAAACCCUCUCUGCUAUGAUCGCAAAAGUUUGCUGCUCGGAGGCGCAAUAGGGGAUUCAGCACGAUCUGUGUUUGUCCUCCAUUUCAAAUAGGAAGGUCUCGAUAGAAGAUGUUGUCUAGCGAGUAGCGCAAAAUUUGAGUUGAGAUUGUCAUCCCGACA